AUGGUGGGGGUCUUUAUGACCGAACGAGAACGUUUAGACCUCGUUCAGCAGGGUGACAAUAUCUUCCUAGAGGUCCAAGAACGAUUUUACGAGGCUAAAGCGCAAAAUGCAUUGCCUGACAAGGACAAGAUCGUGACGUCACUGGAAACUUUCACUGUCUACGGGUCACUAGAUGCUGUCACGGACUUGUACCUGAAAUACGAACUCAAGAUGGUGCUGGACUUUUCUGAGUCACGAGAGUUAGCAGUGCUAAAACUUAAUACCAAGCAGCGACCACUGACCCGCACAAGUCUUCGAUGGUCGCUUCUCUACUCGCCAAGUCACCUUUUAGGCAAGGAUCAAGACUUUUGUUACUUGGAAGUCAUGAAGCCGUUUGGGACGACAGACGGACGUCGUGGUUGGGCAAGAUGCUCCCAUUCGAUCGAGCAUAAACUUUGUCCGGUGCUCCAAAAUGCUCAAGGGAUCGACGUCAAUCGAGCAGAACUUUUCUAUUGCGGACUGUUUUUCGAGGAGACGGAUCAGCUUGGAGUGCUCAAUGCCACCAUGUACUACAAUAUUAAGGGAUACCAUGCCACAUCUUUACUGAUCCCGAGAGUAUUAAAGGCGCAUUUGAAGCGGACUGUCGAGCUGGUGAAUCACUACCUCAAAAUGUCGGCUAUGAUGCUAAAAUCUAGGAAUGUUUCGCUCACGAAAGCAUUGCAAUUGCAAGCCGAGAGACGCUGUGGCGCUUGUGCGAACCAUAUAUCGAUCUGGAAGCGCAAGGAGAGGUGCGUUUUGUGCGGAUCGUUGAUGUGCGAUAAAUGCAACGACAUCGCGUCGCGAAACUACAAAGUGGACCGAAUACCUCGAGGACAGGUUAUAUGCUUCUCCUGCGCACAUCGACGUGGCAAGAAAAUUGUUUUGGAGACGGAGACUGGAUACAACGAUCUAGAUGCCAGCGGCGAAACCUACAGUAUAAUGACAACGCACCAAGAAGGUGGACUGCGAAGUGAAAGCAAUUUGUCAUUGAGCGGCGAGGACUAUCCGACGUGGUUUUACGUUGAAGGCAAGACGUCACUCGUGCUUGAUCAGAAGAAUCAGUUACCUCAGCAACCAAAGCCUAGCCAGGAGAAACUGCUUCAUCAGAACUUGACUUCUGCCCACAAUUCAGAAUUUCUCCCGUACGAGACGAUUUAUUUGCCGACUGAUGACGCAGAACAUCAACGACGGCGUUGUAAUACAAGUGCGUCAACUCGUCUGCCAUCAAACAGGGUGGACAAUGAUGUCGCUGCUCGUCGCCGACGUCAAACGACAGGAAAUUCGAGACAAUUAGCCAGAGUGAAAUCACGGAGUUCUGUGCCACCGCGGCAAAAAUCAUGUCCGAAGUAUGGUGGCCAAGCUAACACUGGCAAUGAAAACUUUACUCCGGUGGGCACUCCGUUGGGUAGCCAAGUCGACCUCGAUCUCGAGGAAUUAAAUUGGCGGAUGCGGCGCUACACUACUCACUCUGUUCCGGUUCAACCAAUGGAGUUGACAGAUCGAGGACGUCAUCUUCAGACUUCCACCUGCAGUCACACCGUAGUUGAAAAACGCCAUCACGACCGCCACCGCCAAUCUAAUCACAUGUCACAACGGCCAUUGGCACCAGUGAUUUUACCAACGAGGACUUUGAUUAGGUACUCGAAGGCAAAUCCGUGUGACUUGUCGUACUUGGCGAGCUUCAAGCUGACGGCAGAGCAAAACAAGACGACACAAACUACUUGA